AACACAUCUAGACACCUACUCGUGGGGACAACACGUUGGACCUUGUUUUUUGUCAUGACACAAUCCCAGUAUCCACUUAUGUUGGUAAUAGAUUUUCCAGUAGUGACCAUAGAAUGGUACUCUGCUCUCUGUCUUUCUCACCACUAAAUACAGGAAACAAACAAGACUCAGGAAGCACAAUAUGUCGUAGUUACAAAUAUACAGACUGGGGAUUAGUCCAAGAACUUAUUCGACUCUGUCAAUGGGAUGACUAUUUUACCACUGACUCCCUGGAGGCCUUAGUAACCCUGUUUUACAGGAAUGUUACCCUUUGUCUAGAUACAGUUGCCCCAAAGAAAAUAGUGAAAUUAAGUAGACACCGAGCUGAAUAUAUUCCAAGGGCACACCGUAAUAAGUUAAGGAAGCUGAAGAAACAGUACUAUUCCACUAAGGAUAUAUCACUAUUGCUCUCAAUCCACGAGUCUCUUGAAUCUAUCAAGCGCCUACGCUCUCAAAAGGACCUCGACGAAGAGUUAACGGCACUUGAAGGUACACCCAAAGUUUAUAACUUAACGGCACUUCUUAAAAAACGAAUGCAGUUGACAAGGGAAAUCCCUUACUUACUUCAUGACAAAGUAAUCUACAAUGAGCCUACCACUAUCUGUGAACUCUUCAGUGAUUGGUUUGCAAACUUUAGUUUAGAAACACAUAUGCCUGGUGAAAUAGCCCCCGUUACUAGCUCUUCCCUUGAAAGCAUUGUGUUCACUAAUCAGUUAAUAGUACAAGCAAUUAAAAGCCUUAAACCUUACACUAGUACGGGACCGGAUGGCCUCGCUUCGAUAAUUUUCAAAAACAGUGGGUGUGAUAUACCCUUGUUACUUCUUAAAUUCUUCUCAAUAUCUAUGGACACUGGCACUUACCCUAGUGAGUGGAAAACUAGCUUCAUAAUUUCACAUUACAAAUCUGGUGAUAAGGCAAACGUCCGCAAUUACAGACCCAUAAAUAUAACCCCAGUUAUCUCACGAAUCAUGGAGAAAGUUGUAAAAGAUCAGUUGUCAGACUACCUAAUUAGGGAAGAUCUUGUUACAAGGUCUCAACACGGAUUUCUCAAAAAUAGAUCCUGCGUUACUUGCCACUUCGACUUUUUCAACUGCAUCACUAGUAGUCGCGAAGCACGUAAGCUAGUCGUUGUUCUCUACUUCGAUAUAUCUAGGGCAUUUGACAUGGUAUCUCACAGUAUUCUCUUUGAGAAGCUGUACUCUUGUGGAAUUCGCAACCCAUUACUGAGCUGGUUAAAAUCAUUUCUUAGCAACAGGGUACAAAUAACCAAAGUUGGAUCUGUAUUGUCUCAUCCUAGGCAGAUCUCAAGUGGGGUUGUGCAAGGUUAUGUCCUAGGUUCACUUUUAUUCACAGUCUACAUUAACAGCAUUUGCAACUGCUUCACCUCAGGUAAACCAUUCCUAUAUGCUGACGACCUCAAAGUCGUCUACUCCUGCUACACUCAUGAAUUAAGCGAUAUGGUUACUAAAAUACAUCUUGAACUAAGUAGUCUCGCAACAUGGUGUGCUGAAUCCUCUCUAAACUUUAACAUUGACAAAUGUGGCUGGAUUUGUAUCGGCAACAGUAAACUUGAUCUAACUCUUGAAAUAAAUGGGCGAAAACUAGCUAAGCUCAACUCAGUUGUAGAUCUCGGUAUUAGAUACUCUAGUAACCUAACGUUCGCUGAACAGACUGAUUAUGCCAGUCGUAAAACACGAAGGCUGAUAGGUUGCAUAACACGCAAUUUCUUUUAUUGUGAAACUAGGGUUUUAUUAUACAAAGUAUGUGUCCGACCUAUCUUAGAAUACUGCCCGUUUAUUCUUAGCGGACUCAGACAAAAUGAUAAGCUUAAAUUAGAGGGAGUGCAACGGCAGUUUACCUCAAGAACUCUUGGUUUAGAAAGUGGUCUGCAAUACCAUGAGCGAUGCGAAAGACUAAGGUUAGAACCCCUCUGGAAAAGACGUCUUAAGUUGAACCUUAUCUUUUACUAUAAGCUAACUAAUCUUCUCUUGCAUUCCUCCGAACCAAUAACUAAACCUACCGCUGUCAUCAGUUACAAUCUUAGAAAUCAUCACAACCUAAUUGCUAUAGAGCACUGUCAGACUUACGUGCGGUACAACUUCUUCUUAAAUAAGUUUUCAGUCAUUUGGAAUAGACUACCAGCUAAUGUGCGCGAUGCAAACACACUUCCAGUGUUCAUCUCCUCAGUCACCAGACUGCUCAAAGAUGACAAUGCACUUUUGCGCCUGACUCUUACACCCUCUUUUUCACCCUACAUAGAUAUCUUAAGUUCUUUAAACGUGUAGUUACAACCAACUACAAUUAUUAAUUUUAAUAUUAUUGGAACUAGAUGAUAAACAUUUCUACACAGGACAGUAACAUUAGUUCACACAUAAUUUGAAAGUUAGCAUAACGGGACUAGUUAGUUAAUGAACAAAAAUAAGCAUAGCUACUAGACAGAAUAUAUAUGUAUAUAUUUAUUAAUCACUCCUUAAGGACUCCUCUUGCUUUCUUUUGCCUUGCUGUUGUUUGUCUUCUUUUUUCUCUCACCAUUUCAGCUUCCAUUUGACUUUUUGAAUGAGAAUGAAUAAUGUGGAUGUUUGACCAUUUACAAUGACAAAUGAUCUGCGAACAUUAUUGAUCCCGUAUCUUUCAGUUGCCUGGUUAAUAACGAAUUAACUUUCCCCGCGACGCAACCCGGAUUACAUUUGUGGAAUAUACUCUUAUACCAAUGGAAAGGUAUCAAUUUGUAAUACAACGUCACGAUUCGUUCUUAUUUCCCAAUUUGGAUAUAAAUCAAAAAUGAGAUUCGGAAUUACUUCAAGCUUUAUUUUUUCCCAAGUAUUUUUAAUCCAUCUAAAACUUACUUGGGUUUUUUUGUUAAUGCGAAGUCAAUAUUCCUAUAUUUCAUGAUGUGCUCCAUUGAAUGACUGGUUAUCAUAUUGUUCCCACAAACCAAAUACAGAAACGUCAGCAACCAUGUAAAUUAACUAUAAACCAAAUUUAUGAAAUUUAUACAAUGCUUAUCCAUGCCUGUAUAUUUGGUGUGUCGUACACAAGUAGCAAAAAAUAUGUAUUUUAUUAAAACAUUAUUAUUAAUUAUGAUUGCUAAUCGUAUAUGUAAUUUAUCAUAUUGAUGAUGCCUGUAAACUGGCGUCUCUCAUGUACAAAAUGAGAAUAUACU